AUGCGGAAAUGUGAAAACCUUACCACAGACUGUUGGUUCUCCAUGGUGAUUCAAGAUGCUGAUGCUGGUGAACUAAGAGAAGAUAUUCCAGAAAUAAAUUCAGCUGCUGGCCUCAGCCUCUUCCAGGGGGAUAUUUUACUACCUAGGAAACGCAGCGCACUGGGAGACGAGAAUUCCCGAUGGACAAUUCCCAUUCCGUUCAUUCUGGCUGACAGUCUGGAUUUAAACGCCAAAGGGGUAAUCCUUAAAGCAUUUGAAGGAUUCCACCUAAAAUCUUGUGUAAAUUUCAAGCCACGUGAUAGAGAAAGGUCGUUUAUAAUAUUUCAGAAGCUGGAUGGAUGUUGGUCUGCAAUUGGAGAUGCAAAGCACGGCCAAAACCUUUCAAUAGGUGUAGGGUGUGACCACAAAGCUAUUGUAAUGCAUGAAAUCUUACAUGCUCUAGGACUCUUCCAUGAGCAGACAAGGACGGACCGAGAUGAUUACGUUAAAAUAUGGUGGGAGCACGUGCUUCCAGAUCAAAUACACAACUUUAAAAAAUAUGGAGACAGCUAUCUCACUGACCUGAAUACUCCAUAUGAUUAUGAGUCCAUCAUGCACUAUGGUCCAUUUUCAUUUAGUAAAAAUUCAAGCUUAAGAACUAUUACUGCCAGAAUAUCUGAAUUUAAUCACAUUAUUGGCCAGCGCUUGGAUUUUAGCACUACUGAUCUAGCAAGACUCAAUCGCAUGUACAACUGCACGUCAUCUCUAACCCUUUUGGACCAAUGUGAUUUUGAGUCAGCCGACGUGUGUGGCCUGGUUCAGGAAACCAGAGAUGAUGAUGACUGGACUUAUAAGAACAGUGAUUCUCUGGGACAAGACCACACCUUUGCUGGACCAUGUAAAGAUGCUGGCCACUUCAUGCACUUUAAUACCAGUUCUGGGAUGAGAGGUGAAGCGGCUGUCUUAGAAUCUCGCAUUCUGUAUCCAAAAAGGAAGCAACAGUGUCUCCAGUUCUUCUUCAAAAUGACAGGAAGUCCCUGGGACAGACUUACCAUAUGGGUUAAGAAGGACGACGGUACUGGAAAAAUUCGCAGGCUGGUUAAAAUCCAAACAUUUCAAGGGAACAGUGACCAUAACUGGAAAAUUGCCCAUGUGACCCUCAACGUACAAAGAAAGUUCAAGUAUCUCUUCCAUGGACUCAAAGGCAAUCCUGGUGACUCAUCUGGAGGAAUUUCCAUUGAUGAUCUAACCCUGAGUGAAACCCCGUGCCCCAGCGCUGUGUGGCUUAUUCGCAACUUCUCCCAUCUACUCAGAACUGCACCUGAAGACUACUUGGUGCAAAGUCCCCUGUUUUAUAGCGCUGAAGGUUAUGGUUAUGGUUUAACAGUGUCUCCCAGAGGCCAGAGUGAUUCUGCCUCUGCAAAUUACACACGCAUUUCUUUUCACCUGAUCAGUGGUGAAAACGAUGGAGUUCUUGAGUGGCCAGUUCUAGGCAGGCAGGUCACAAUCACUGUUCUGGACCAAGAUCCUGAUGUCAGGAGGAGGAUGUCCUCAGAAAGGAGCUUCACAACAGAUGCAACUCAGGUUUUUCCAGGAAAAAAUCAGUCUUCCAGAUGGGACAAGCCCUCUCUUCUUGGAAAUUUUGAUGCCUCGUGCAAUUGCAGUCGGAGUAGAGACUGGGGAUGGAGUAAAUUCAUCUCCCAUUCACAGCUAAGGAGAAGGAAAUACCUGAAAAAUGAUGACCUAAUUAUCUUUGCAGAGUUUGAAGAUUUAACACAUCUCAGGAAGACCGAACAUCUUUCUCCACAAACAUGGUUCAUCCUUGGGGAGCAUCCUUUGGGGCGGAAUAAGAGAUCAGCCCCUCUGGAGGACUGGCAAUCUUACCAGACAGGACAGUGUGACCAAAAUCCCUGCCAAAAUGAUGGCAUCUGUGUAAAUGUCAAAGGGAGAGCAAGCUGCAGGUGUGCUACAAGCAAAAUCUUCUUCUACACAGGUGUGAGAUGCCAGGUAGCACAUGUCCAUCGGAAUAUACUUGCUUUGCUGGCUGUUGGAGCUGUUGGGAGUGUUGUACUUGUAAUCCUUUCCAUGCUAACCAGGCAACAGAGACUUAUUUCAGAAUACAGGUUUAAGAUGAUUCCAUAUAUUUCUUAUGGCCAGCCCAGAAUGGCCCACCCAGCCGGACCAUACUGCUUCCAAAUUGGCCAGGUCCGAAAAGCAAAACCUCUGCUUUAUCAUUAG